GUAUUAGCUUUAUCUGCUUCUCACUCACUCACUCACUCACUCACAGUCGACUCUAAAGCACUUGGACUCUGAGGACUUGGCAGGCUGCUCUUUCACCUUCCUUUCUCCUGAAAGAAGUGCUCGUAUUAGCUUGCGCUUCAGGAGAACCCAGUGGUACCAAUCCAAUAAAUAAAUGGCACCCGAGACUGAGGAGCAACUGAGGACUAACUGACAGAGAGAGAGACGGAGAGAAGGAGAGAGGGAGAGAGGGAGAGACAGGAAGAGGGAUUCCCCUGCGUGUGGAGUAAACACGAGACAGGCUGGUGGCCUGUCAGAUUGCUGCAGCCAUGACAACAUCAGCUGGACACGAAACAUGAUGUCUGAGCUCAGCUGAAGCUGCCCAUCCUCCUCCGGCCAUCCUCUCAUGGGGGAGGACAAAAAGAUGAGUGUCAUUAGAUGUCGGUCCUUCAACCUUUUGGCCGUCAUCUUGCUCCUAUUUUCCUCUGCAGCUCUCUCGGCUCAUUUUCGGGUGUGUGAACCCUACACUGACCACAAGGGUCGGUAUCAUUUUGGAUUUCACUGUCCUCGCCUGUCAGACAACAAGACCUACAUGUUCUGCUGUCACCACAACAACACUGCCUUCAAGUACUGCUGCAAUGACACUGAGUUUCAAACCAUCAUGCAGGUCAACCUUACAACCACUUUGGAUGGGUUUUCACACAAUAACUACACAGCACUGGUUGGAGUGUGGAUUUAUGGCUUUUUCGUCAUGGUGCUGCUGGCACUGGACUUCCUCUACUACUCAGCCAUAAACUACGAAGUGUUCAGGGUGUACCUGGAGAAGUGGGGGCUAGGGGGACGCUGGCUGAAGCAAGCUCGCAGUCAAUGGCAAAGGCCUGAGCAGGAGGAGAGUCAGGGGCAGCUUUCUCAUCCUGGAGCUCCAGCAGGAUUAUCACACUACCAACAACCACACUAUCACUCCCAGCCCAGACACAGCCUGAAGCCAGAGGCCCAGAGUCCGACACACACUGCACACAACACAUCAAUCGCCUGAGAGAUGCCAGAUGAUGGGAGAACAUCUGAGAGGAAUGUGUAGAGGAAAAUAAAGUUUGUGCUUCAGUCCUUGGAGAGCAACCCUGUUGUUAGUGAAUGCUGGUUCAGGCAUGCCUCCCCUUCCAGCUGUCUCUCUUCCAGCACAGCCAUCUCUAAUCAUCUGUUCUUCUGUAUGGAUUUCCCAUCAGAACCACCCAGACAAACAUUAAAGAUUCACUGGAAUACUUGGUUCUUUCACAGAACCAAGUAGUUUAAGGAAAUACAUCAUAGCUUGGAUUGUAGGGAAAAGAUAUGAUGAUGAUGAUGAUGAUGAUGAUGAUGAUAUGAGACUGAACUGAACUUCAGGAGGAUCUAAGGAACUAUAUUAAAGUCUGUCCAGGAUAAUAAACAAUUGUUCUCGACUCAUGACCAACACAGUAUGCGUCAUAAGGGCAGGAGUGUUUAUGAACACCUUUAUGGAACACCUUUAUUUAAUAUAAAUAUAUUUGUAUUGUUCGCACAUUGUUUAUGACCUAAUCCUGCCUAAUUACUGUAAUUGUGUGGUGGUAGGAGCAUUUGUUUUUACAUUAUUUAUGCAUUUUAUUUAGGGAACAUUAUGAGGAAAGCCCUAUUAGGAGCCACUGAGAAAAUACCACUGCUGCAAAAACAGCUUACUGAACACUGCACAUGGUACAUGUACAUAUUGUACUUUAUGGUAGCUGCAGUGUUGGCUUUUUUUUAGUCUAGUAGAUCAGUACUGAAGUUGCAGUGAUUCCUGAUGAUAUUUUUUACUAUUUGACAUUCUGCAAAUCCAUACAGAAGAAUUUUUGGAAAAAAAGAUAUACUGUAAUAAAUACCCAAGGAUAUUUCACAGUACACUAUGAAAAUUUAAGUUUUUUUAAUGAUAUUUAAUUGUGAUGCAGCCAGAAAGCUUAAAUUUGAGAGAUUUUUAAUUCAUAGAUGGCAGAAGAUUUUUAUACCUUUCCAUAAAAUGAAACCAGGUGUGAUCAUAGAUGUUGGAGUCAUGUCAUUUAUGUCAAUUUUGUUCACUUUAAUUGUUAGAUUAGCUAGAUAGAUGGAGGUAUCUGAUGGAGGUCAUGCUUUCACAGUUAUUAAACUGUUUUUUUGCAUUUCUUUUGUAAUUUAUGUCUAGGAAAUUACUAAAUGAGUCAAAGUAGCAGCUUUCAUUUACAAUCCAUGUUUUAUCAGUGAAUCCAUCAGUAUGUGUACUUAGUACUGCCAGAUAAAUUACUUUAACACCUGACCUGAAUUAAAUAUAAAAUGUAUAAAAGUAUAAAAUAUAUCCCCAUCUAUGAGCAAUCCAGCAUGGUUACACUGUUUUAAAAACUGAAAUUGGUAUCACUUCUGAUUUUGCAUUAUUAAGAUGGAGUUGUAUAAUGAACAUGAAUACAAUAUACACUGCAACAUUAUGUAAAAAGAAAUAACGAGUCUCAUGAGAAAUGUGUGACUGAUUAGGUAAUGAUUGUAAUCCUGCAACCCAUAAUUUAGGUAAAUAAGCUUCAAUGUGGCCAUUAUAGCCAAAAUCCAGUUACUUGACUUCUAGAGUGGAACGGUAUCAUCUCAUGUUACACCUUGAUGUUCAUUGCAAUGAUUAGCUGGCUGGGAAUGCAGGAGGGAGAUGGACACAGAAUGAACAAUGGCAGAUAACAGGAAAGGGAUAGAGAAUUUCAAGCACAUCUGCAGCAGGAUGGUAAUUUAAUUGGAGAUGGGAGACAGUUCGUAAUUCGGUGUGGUCUAGUACACAGACUGCUAGGCUGAUUCAAUCUAUAAAUAUCAUUUACUGUUUGGAUUUGAAUUCAACAAACGUCAGGAUUUUUAAAGGAGUAUACCAGGGGCAAACAAGUCAUUAGACUAAUAUUAAAAAAAUUAUUGUCCUUGGUAGAGGGAACAGCCUCAUGUAGUUGUUUUUUUUUUUUUUUCAAGACAGCCUGUCUUGGCAACAGUUGCCUUAGUAACUCUAUACUUGUACACAGCAGCAGUGUAGCUACUGGUACCAUAAAGCAGGUUGUAUGGUGUUCCGCACACAUGCACACACCCACAUCCACCUACAAACAUGCAGGCAACAUGCCACACAUGUCUGUGAGCCUGUGUUUUGCUAUUAGGUAGACUGUACAGCCUCUAUUUCAAUUGUACUUGCAGUUGUCAACUUUGUACUGUCACAAAUGGGAAAAAUAAAGAUCUAUCUUUCCAGCUGUGUUCCUUGCUA